AAGAACAAGAAGGUAGAAAAGUAUAUGAAGAGUUAGGAACAAGGGAGUAAGACCCAAGGUGUUCCCCAGUCUGCCUGAAAAAAUGUAUAAACCUGUAUAAACAUAACACACAUGAAGCAGCAUUUUACAAAUACAAUUUAAGAACAGAGGCUAAACUGAGUGUGUGCAGAAGGAAUGAAGAGUAAGCAGUAAUCAAAAGUGGAGGUAGCGUGAGAGCAUCCUGGGGGGAGAUGACUUUUCAUCUGAUUUUGAAGAAUCCUAGGAAGACAAACAGAGGAGGUGCCUGGGAAGGUUUCAUGGCAAAGGAAAGACCUGAAAAUGGCACCACUAACCAGUGUGUGUGUGUGUGUGUGUGUGUGUGUGUCUCCCUUUCUGUUCCUUUCUCCUUCCCUUGUCCUAUAGCUUGGAAGCUCGAAGUCUGGUUGUGGCCAUGGGAGACACGGUAGUGGAACCUGCCCCACUGAAACCAGCUUCUGAGCCCACUACUGGCCCACCGGGGAAUAAUGGGGGCUCCUUGCUAAGUGUCAUCACGGAGGGGGUCGGGGAGCUGUCAGUGAUUGACCCCGAGGUGGCCCAGAAGGCCUGCCAGGAAGUGCUGGAGAAAGUCAAGCUUUUGCAUGGCGGUGUGGCGGUCUCUAGCAGAGGCACCCCACUGGAGUUGAUCAAUGGGGAUGGUGUGGACAGUGAAAUUCGUUGCCUGGAUGAUCCACCUGCCCAGAUCAGGGAGGAAGAAGACGAGAUGGGGACCACUGUGGCCUCAGGGACAACCAAAGGAACAAGAAGGAGGCGGCAAAACAACUCAGCCAAACAGUCCUGGCUGCUGAGGCUGUUUGAGUCAAAACUAUUUGAUAUCUCCAUGGCCAUUUCAUAUCUGUACAACUCCAAGGAGCCUGGAGUGCAAGCCUAUAUUGGCAACCGGCUCUUCUGCUUUCGUAAUGAGGAUGUGGACUUCUAUCUGCCCCAAUUGCUUAACAUGUACAUUCACAUGGAUGAGGAUGUGGGUGACGCCAUUAAGCCCUACAUCGUCCACCGAUGCCGUCAGAGCAUUAACUUUUCCCUCCAGUGUGCCCUGUUGCUUGGGGCCUACUCUUCAGACAUGCACAUUUCCACUCAGCGUCACUCCCGCGGGACCAAGCUCCGGAAGCUGAUCCUCUCAGAUGAGCUGAAGCCAGCUCACCGGAAGAGGGAGCUACCCUCUUUGAGCCCAGCCCCCGACACAGGGCUGUCUCCCUCCAAAAGGACUCAUCAGCGCUCUAAGUCAGACGCUACCGCCAGCAUAAGUCUCAGCAGCAACCUGAAACGAACAGCCAGCAAUCCUAAAGUGGAGAACGAGGAUGAGCCUGUCCGACUGGCUCCUGAGCGAGAAUUCAUCAAGUCCCUGAUGGCGAUCGGCAAGCGAUUGGCCACCCUCCCCACCAAAGAGCAGAAAACACAGAGGCUAAUCUCAGAGCUCUCCCUGCUCAACCAUAAGCUCCCUGCCCGAGUUUGGCUGCCCACUGCUGGCUUUGACCACCACGUGGUUCGGGUGCCCCACACACAGGCUGUCGUCCUCAACUCCAAGGACAAGGCUCCCUACCUGAUCUAUGUGGAAGUCCUUGAAUGUGAAAACUUUGACACCACCAGUGUCCCUGCGCGGAUCCCUGAGAACCGAAUUCGGAGCACACGGUCUGUAGAAAACCUGCCUGAGUGUGGAAUCACCCAUGAGCAACGGGCUGGCAGCUUCAGCACUGUACCCAACUAUGACAAUGAUGAUGAAGCCUGGUCGGUGGAUGACAUAGGCGAGCUGCAGGUGGAGCUCCCCGAGGUGCACACCAACAGCUGUGACAACAUCUCCCAGUUUUCCGUGGACAGCAUCACCAGCCAAGAGAGCAAGGAGCCUGUGUUCAUUGCAGCAGGGGACAUCCGACGGCGCCUUUCAGAGCAGCUGGCUCACACCCCCACAGCCUUCAAACGAGACCCAGAAGACCCUUCUGCAGUUGCCCUCAAAGAGCCCUGGCAGGAGAAAGUGCGGCGGAUCAGAGAGGGCUCCCCCUAUGGCCAUCUUCCCAAUUGGCGGCUCCUGUCAGUCAUCGUCAAGUGUGGAGAUGACCUUCGGCAGGAACUGCUGGCCUUCCAGGUGUUGAAGCAACUGCAGUCCAUUUGGGAACAGGAGCGAGUGCCCCUAUGGAUCAAGCCGUACAAGAUUCUUGUGAUUUCGGCCGACAGUGGCAUGAUCGAACCAGUGGUCAACGCUGUGUCCAUCCAUCAGGUGAAGAAGCAGUCACAGCUCUCCUUGCUUGAUUACUUCCUACAGGAACAUGGCAGUUACACCACUGAGGCAUUCCUCAGUGCCCAGCGUAAUUUUGUUCAAAGUUGCGCUGGCUACUGCUUGGUCUGCUACCUGCUGCAAGUCAAGGACAGACACAAUGGGAACAUCCUUUUGGACGCUGAAGGCCACAUCAUCCACAUUGACUUUGGCUUCAUCCUGUCCAGCUCACCCCGAAACUUGGGCUUUGAGACAUCAGCCUUCAAGCUGACCACAGAAUUUGUAGACGUGAUGGGUGGCCUGAAUGGUGACAUGUUCAACUACUACAAGAUGCUCAUGCUCCAAGGGCUGAUUGCUGCUCGGAAGCACAUGGACAAGGUGGUGCAGAUCGUGGAGAUCAUGCAGCAAGGUUCCCAGCUUCCUUGCUUCCAUGGCUCCAGCACCAUUCGCAACCUCAAAGAGAGGUUCCACAUGAGUAUGACCGAGGAGCAGCUCCAGCUGCUGGUGGAGCAGAUGGUGGAUGGCAGCAUGCGGUCUAUCACCACCAAGCUCUACGACGGCUUCCAGUACCUCACCAACGGCAUCAUGUGACACCCUCCGUCUCAGGCCCAGGAGUAGGGGAUCCUCGUCUGAGAAAACCCAAACCAGAAAGCCCCACCUACCCAACCAGCCACCCAAGGGAAAUGGAAGGCAAGAAUACAAAGGAUCAUGUGGUAACGGUGCGAGCUUGCGGGGGGGUCGAGAACCUGCGUGAGGUCCAGACUUGUUGGGGCUUCCCUGCCCCCCCACACACACUGCGUCAGUAUUACCACCUGACAGACUCCAGGACUCACUGCCCUCCAGAGAACAGGUGAUGAAUGUGAGGGCCACUGGGACCUUCCUCCUGGCUGGGGUCUGAGAGGGUCUUUCCACAGGCUAUCCUCUUAAUCUGCUCUGGGUCCCAGGAAGGGGGCAGAGUAGGUUUCCUUACCUAGAACUUCAUGGUUGGCCUCUGGCCUUGCUGCUGCCCAACUCUGUCCUCUCCCAGAGACUGACCCCUGGCCUAAGCUCCCUGUAAUAGCACUUGGUGAGGUUCCCCAUUACAGGCGGAAAGGAAUUACCAUAUCCUCCAGAGAACUGAGGGUGUUGGCCCAGCCAUGGAGUCCUUACCCUGAUCCCACCCCACACCCAGGGAAGUAGCUCUGUUUUUGUUUUUUUGAUUUUUUUUUUAAUUUGUUUGAAAUAAAGUCCUUAGUUAGU